AUGUGGGAGGGGGAAGAAGGUGUGAAGGAGGAGGAUGUGAGGACAUUAGCGCAAGGAGCCUCCAAAGUCCCGCCCACGGAAAUGACCGACCACAGAAAUUCACAGGAAAAGUCAGUCGACGCGAUGGAUGGGGCGAACGACGAAGAGGAGGAAGAAGAGGAAGAGGAUGCAAAUGAUUUGCAGGCACAGCGACAAAUAGCCCAGCAGCGGACCGACCUUCCCCUCAGAGUCACUGGAAGAAGCCAUUCCCACUCUUCCCCACCUCAGGAGCACGAACAGGACGCUGAUACCGACCCUGACUUUGACCCCUUAAUGGAAGGCGAUCUGCACGGAGAUUCCUUUCCCUGUCAGCACUGUGAACGGCACUUCUCCACCAGGCAGGGUCUGGAACGUCAUGUGCACAUUCACGGCGUCACGGACCAGCAAGCGCAACUGUUCAAGUGCCGAUACUGUAGCAAGUCCUUUGGCUCGCAGGUGGGUCGGCGUCGCCACGAGAGGAGGCACGAGAGCGGAUUCAAGAAAAAGCCCAACUCCCUGGCUGGAACCGCUCAUCUGCUCCCUUUGGUGCAGACUGAUGUUUCCAGUCCCGACUGUGCCAGCCCUACAGGUCACUACAGUACCACGGGCCCGCAGCUCACCGGAGUACCUGCACACCACUCUGAAACUGCAAGGAGGGAGUCGGGGCCUCAUGCGGAUCCUCCCUACAUUUUGGAUGAAAAUGGGGCAUCCAAAGAACUCCAUCCUUGCAAGUACUGUAACAAAGCUUUCGGCACACACACCAAUAUGCGACGCCACCAGCGCAGAAUACAUGAAAGACACUUGCUUCCGAAGGGCGUUCGCCGGAAAGGCACGCUCUUGCCAGAGGUGUCGGCACAGCCGAGAUCUGAGGCAUCGCCGAAUACCGGUCCCGCCCUCGUGUACAUGCCCAGCGCCGACACGGAAGAUGAGGCAGACCGGGACGAUUAUGCAGUGGACAUAUCCAAAAACAUAUCUGAGAAUUUGAGUUUUUACAUCGAUGGAAAGAUAGUGUCUAGCAGUACGGUGAGCAGCUGCGAGGUCAUCGAGGUUGACACUCGAUCGGCUGCGCUUUUUGGUCUUGAUGCGGUCAUCAUCAGCCCCAACCAGCUCAGUCAGGUGCUAAAGGUGGAGACUCGAACCAGCACCGCCAAGCAAGCGUCCGAAUUCUGUCCCCCGUCAUCCAAAAGAAGAACGUCGACCCCUCCUCUCCUUCCUGGCCUCAAGGUAGAGACUGAAACGGGCUCGUUCACUGCGUCUUCAUCGUCCACGGCAUCGUCCUCACCCAACUUGGUUGUGGGCGGACUAAUCCAGCAAACGGCGGAUCCGUCAGUAUUUCCGCGGGAGAAAACUGUUUAUCUAUCGCCGAAACUCAAGCAGCUUCUCCAAACGCAAGACGUUCAAAAGUCCAUCACGCUCAUAACUGAAAACCACCGGUUGGCGUCCCCGCUUUCCGUCACGCCGUUGCAAGGCCCCGCUGGCAGGUUCAAAAGACGAACUGCUUCACCUCCGUUAUCGCUGCAGCUCAGUCCGGCGUAUAGAGGGGAGGGCUGCAAGCUCGAGACGGUGAACUCGUACACCCUCAAGGUGCCGAAGCUAGAGAACCUCAGUGUCUCCCCUCUUGGAAACACUAUGGAUAAGAAUGACACUGCAACCCUGAGCCCAUGUGGAAGUAACUUUGGCCAAACCACCUCUGGCAGCGGAGGCAAUGCGUGCAAUCAACAACCCUUGGACCUGUCAAACACUGUCAAUAGAAGAAGCAACACCAACACGGUUCUUGCCGACUCCGCCCUUGAUUUAAGCCUGCAUCGGAAGAGUUGCAUUGAUACUGACUUCAAGGGAAUUGCAGCGCCACACCUGCAAGUCAAAAAGAGAAAGCCGAACACCAGCAUGCUUGAAAAGGUGCUGAUGAAUGAGUAUGUGGGUUUGCCUCUGCCGACAGACGAGGGACCCUCGCCUCUCGCUAACCUCAGCUUUCAACCGCAGUCCCCCAAUGUCGACUCAGCUCACCCCUCUCCUCCCUCAUUGACUCCCGUCACCAUGAACCCCUCGUCACCCGGCACCUCCAGCGUGACAUCGACAACGCCGCCUCCCCCUGUACUACCCACCAUGCCCUCGCCGCAACCCACGGCAAACUCUCCUCUCUCCCAGCCCUUGGAAUCGUCAGCGCAGCGUCCUCUUCCUGUCCUAUCGCCAAAGAUGUCGCCGAAGUCGCCGCAACUCCCGCCCGAAGAGGCAGAGAGCUUAUUCACCGGUGACGACAAAAGCGAGGAAGAGCAGCAUCACACUCAAACACUGGACUCCCUGAACACUCCACUUCAAGACCCCCUUGAUCAUCCCACACCUCUUGAGCCUACUUCAGUCGGCGUGUCCGCUACAAAUAACAUUUCUCUGACUGAAGAAAGCAGCAACCUGCUGAAUGGUGAAACUGACAGUGACCUCAACUCAGGAAUUCCAAAGUCUGAAAACUCCGACUUGGCUGCACUCUCGCCCCGGCCAGAGUCUUUACCGAAAUCUCCGUCUUCUCUUGCGUCGCCUGAACCGGCCCCGUCACUGCUUUCGGAUGGCCUUCCUCAAACAAACGUAAAAGUGGAGCCUGAGAAUUGCACCGAUACUCUCUCUGUCGCCAACCACGUGCCUCGGGAUGAUGUGAGUGCGGACCCUUCACCUCAGCCUCUCGAAAAGAAACCCAAUAAUUCACCCUCAGCUGAGAAAAUAGACUCAACCUAUGGAAAGUCAUUUGUUUGCAAUGUCUGCGAGGGCCCGUUCAUCUCAAUGAAAGAGCUCAGCGGGCACAUUGCCGAGCACGCGGUCGAUUGGCCCUUCAAGUGCGAGUUCUGCCUGCAGUUGUUUGGCGACGCAGACUCCCUGUUGGCUCACCGGACCACGCUGCACGGGGUGGGCACCAUCUUCGUGUGCUCUGUUUGUUCCAAGGAGUUUGCCUUUCUCUGCAAUCUGCAACAGCACCAAAAAGAUUUGCAUCCAAAUGAUGCCUGCACACAUACCUCCGUGGAGAGCGGGAAACUGAGGCCGCAAAACUACACCGACCCAUUCAGAGCCAAAGAAGAAAUCAGUGCCGCUGCACCAGCACAUGGAACUAAUGAGGAAGCGAUGGAACAAAAUAACGCCACGCCCGCAAAGGAAGAGCCCGACGUUAAUGGAAACCACGCAGAGGAUGGAACUGAGGACCCCAAUGAAGAGCUCUACACUACAAUAAAAAUCAUGGCCUCUGAGGGCGGAAAGUCCAAAGGUCCCGAUGUCCGACUUGGUCAGAAUCAGCAUUACCCCAGUUACAAACCGCCCCCCUUUCCAUAUCACAGCCGUUCCCACGCCAACUCUGUGGCCUCCGCGACCAACUUCACCACACAUAACAUACCGCAGACGUUCACCACCGCCAUCCGCUGCACCAAGUGCGGCAACAGCUUCGACAACAUGCCAGAGUUGCACCAGCACAUUUUGGCCUGCGCAAACGCCAGCGACAAAAAGCGCUACACUCCCAAAAAGAACCCCAUCCCCCUCAAGCAAAUAGUCAAGUCUCCCAACGGUGUCGCGUCACCCUCGGGAGGCCAGAGUGCCUUCCGAAGAAUGGGCCAGCCAAAGAGACUUAAUUUUAACCAGGAUGUGGGUAAAACAAAAAUGAGUGCCCUCAGUAAGAAGAAAAACCAGCUGGUCCAGAAGGCUAUCUCACAAAAGAACAAAGCCGCCACUUCGGCAAAGAAGGCCGCUGUUAAAGUUGAAGAAGAGCAAAGUAACGUCUGUCCUCACUGCAGUAGGGAGUUUACCUAUCAGGCCAGUCUCGGCAAGCACAUGGCAUUCAGCUGCCCCAUGAAGCCUGCCUUGAAAAAAGGCAAGAAAAAUCUCGAGAGCAGGAAAAAAGAAGCAGUGGAUAAAAAUGCCAAGAAGAAAGACGGCGAAGCAGCACAAACUGAGCCCGAAGUGAAACGGCCAGGCAAGACUCGUGCUCGUAGCUCCGGUGCAGUAGAACUUCCUGAACCCCCGCGGACGACAAAAGGCAAAAGUGUGCAAAAGAGGCCCGCUUCAUUCCCAUUGGCGACCCCCGCCGCUGGCAAAAAAGCCAAGAAAGGCUCUGCUCAGCCAUCACCCCCUGACCUUCCCGAAGAUGACGUGGCACAAAAGCAGCCUGUGAGGUUGCAACGUAUGGGCAGAGAGGCACCCAAGAAGUUAGCAGAACCCAAGUCGUCGUCUCCACCUAAGAAAGAAGAGCGCUUCUCCCUCCGAACGAGGGAGCGGCUCAGCGGUCCGGUCACCAGGAGCUCGCAGUUGGCACCCCUUGCAGCGGAGGCCAAAUCUGAGGAAGCACCAAUGUCUGAGCUUAAAGAUGCUCCGGAGGUGCUAAUGAAGUAA